GAAAGGGAAUAACAAUCGAAAUGUAAAUAAGAAAUACCCAAUUUAAUAAAGAUGGGACAAAAAGAACAGUAAUAACAACCUGAAAAUACACAGAGUGGAGUCUUAACGUUAGCUUCCAUGUUCUCUCCACCACGGCUCCGCUCCGUCUCUCCGUUCCAGUCUCCUCCUCCUUCAAACUUUUCUCCCGCCCAUCCUUUCUUCUCAUUCAAUGACAGGCCUCCUUCUAUCCUGUCCCUGCCCUUACCUGUGUUUUACAAAUUAAAUGGGGAGAAGGUUCUGGUGGAGUCACCUGAGUCCUGAGUAUGUGAUUAGGCAGCCUUUUCUUUGACAAGGAUCCUAGGGAUCUGAACUCAGACCCUCAUCCUUGCCCAAGGACUUUACAAGCUGAGCCACCUCACCUCUCUAGGCUGCACCUUUAAGGAUCUGUAUGUUAUUACCAAAGGUUUGGGAAAGACAUGGUUACCAAGUAUGCAGCUUUGGGCAUCAUAGCUGGUCCCAAUACAGGACCUUAUGGUCUGUGGCCUUCUGUUUUCAUCCAUGGGUCUCAAUGGAGGUUCCCCUGCCUGAGGUCUGGGAGCCCUGUCUGUCCUCUAACACAGACUUCUGUGGUCCUGAUGAAAAGGAGGGGCAUUAUCUUAGACUCAGGUCUCAGGAGCCCCAUCACCUCUUAAGUUCUAACUGGUACUGAGGAAGCUCUCUUCUCUAUAUCAAGGUAACAGGCUAUUUCGAAGGCUCUCAGCACAUGUUACCAAAUUUCCUUCUAGAAACCACAAAGCAUAAUGCUGGCAGGCACCCACUUGGUAAAUUUUUGCCAACUUGAUAUGGUAAAGAAAUCUUUCGUUUUCACUUCUAUGAUUAUGUGUGGGAUGUAUUUUAAAAAAUACACAUAUUAGUUACUUUGAAUGGGGUUAGUAAUCAUGAAAAUGAUUUCAAAUGCCACCCCGUUUCUGUUUAGUUGUGAGAAAACAAUUCAGUUCAAAGGAAGAAGGGAAUGUUUUGUUAUCUGUGUGGCUUUUGUUAUGAGGGUUGAAAGACCAAAGGGAGAGGGGGAAAGAAAGAAAGGGAGAAGAACAAGUGAGGAGCUAGGAAAAGGGGAGCAAGGUGGGAGAAACACACACACACACACACACACACACACACACACACACACACACACACGGACCAGAUAGCACAGUGCAGAGUCUCUGUGCAUCUUGUCUGAGACUCCUGAUGUCACAUUGUCAUAUGACUUUCGGAAAACCCCACUCACACGCAUCCAGGUGAACCCUCCUUCACACAUUCUGUCACAGGACCUCCAAGCCAGUGGUCCUCAAACUAUGUGAUCUCUGGGUCCAUUAAACUGUGGGGAAGGCUCAAGGAUGCCUAACACCUUUCCUUAUGGAGAGUCAUAAAAACUAUCAGUGUUUCUACUUUAGAAACAAAACCAGAAUACUUUGAAUAUUUACAUAGAUUUUACUAUCAUAAAAAGAUUUGUUUAUUUUAUUUUAUGUGUAUGAAUGGUUUUUGCUUGCAUGUAUGUAUGUAUGCAUGUGGACCACCCGUGUGUCUGGUGCCAAAGGAAGUCAGAAAAGGUUUCAGAUCCUCCAGAACCAGAGUUGUAGAUGUUUGUAAGCCAUCAUGGAGUGCUGGGAACUGAACCUGGGUCCUUGUCAAGAGCAACAAGUGCUCUUAAUCACUCAGCCAUUUCUCCAGGCUCCCAAUGACAGCUUUUAGUGAAAAAUAACUACAAAUUCCAAAGCAAAAAAAAAAAAAAAAAAAAAAAGGACAUGCAUUUUAUCUGUUGUGAUGUCACAUGUCAUUUGGCCUUUGGAAACUCCCACUCAUAAGAGAAAGAGAGUAGAAAAGCCAACAUCAUUUAUUAGUACUAUUAUGAACAUGGUUUUAACCUUGUGGAUCUCCUAAAAGUGUUUCAGGAAGGCCUCAUGGGUACCUGGGUCACACUUUGAGAGACAGUGAUAGAGAUAGAGGGAACUGGGGAAGAUUUUUUUCCUUCCUCCAAAGACGGAACUCUUGUAGUGUGUAAGGACUCAAAUAACUUAGUGUCUGUUAACACAGUGAUUCCCCUUCAAGGAAUAUAUUCAAAACAAUAAUCCUAGAGGGAAGCAAAAUGACAUAUAGCUAGAUUAUGGCUGAUACAGACCUGUAUACCUGGCAGAAUGAAGAUGUCUAUAGCCUCGGGUGAAAAGAGGCAGGUGGAAGGCUGGCCAGCAUCUCUUUGCAUACUUAAAGAUUAACCCAACGGCUCUAGAAAGUGGGCUCUAUUUGAUAUGUGGGGGUCUGAAAUUAUAAGGGAUUGCUUUCUUAUCUUUGUGGCUUAUUGUCAGUGCUUUUCCCCUUCACCCUUUUCUUCCUUGGUGUUUGAAACAGUUAAAUGCAGCCUCAAGUUGGCCUUGAAACUACCAAUUCCCUUUACCUGUUUUUCCCAAGUGCUUGAAUUACAGACUUGUAUCAUUGCACCUGGAUAAUUAAUUAUAAGAAAUUAUUUUGCAACAGUUAAAAGCAAUAUUAAAGGCCCCUGAAUCUGUCUGGCUUCUCUUGGGCAGUGUGGUUAUGGAGCAGAGGAGCAUUACCUAGAGGCUUGGGUGUGUUGGGGUGAGGGGCAAUGUAAGAAAAGGGGUAGUCAGGUAAGUUAGGCAGGGUGAUGUCCAGAUCAUUUGGUGGUCCCUUGUGUUCCCUGGUGAGAGGUCCAACACUUGACAACCGGCAGAUAUCGAGAAUGGCAGAGAAAUGACAGAAGACCCUGGUGGGGAGCAGAAGAUAGCGAGGACUAGAGAGCCCUUGAAGACACCACUGUCAGGGGUCACACCUACGCUGCUAAAGUGGUUGCUAAGCCCAGGAAAGAGCAAAUGACACAGAGGGAGCCUGGGCUGUAGAUGCCAUCCGGCCUGUGAAAUGCUGAGAAUUCUUGCCUAGGCCAGCUCAGAAGUAGGUUCGUGUUUCUGCAAGCUUGGCUCGUAGCUUGUUCACACUUCUUUAGAAAGGGCUUGGGGAUGACAAGUUAAAAGCUGAGCACAGCAGAAUUCUGAACGGGAGAUGGAGCCUUAUCGGCAAGGGGCGGGGCAUAUGAAACGGACUUUAUUCCCCCCCUCCAGCUGAAAAGACAACUAAAUCCCUUACUGCACUGGCAACUAGGAUACAAUCUUCUAGAUUGCCAGUGAGCUCUUUAGUUACAUUCUUGCCCUUUGCUUGGGAGCUCCCAGUUGGCUGGCUGCAGUUCAAAAGCAGCUGUCUCAGCACAUCUAAUGAUGUUCUGCCUUUGUCUGGCGUCUGCCAAGGUUAUCUGUUGUCACUGAUAUCAGUAAUGACACCUUGUACAACCCCCAUUUCCUAUCCACAUACCUAAAUCAACAGACCUACCUCAGUAAACUAGACCCACACCACAAAAUAACCAUGGUUCGGGCCAAGAGGAAGUGGCUAGAAAACGGAGGUAUUGGCCAGGUCCGUGCUCUGCUUGGCAGCCGUUAAAGAGAGUGCUAAGGACAGCUGAUGGGUCUCUGCAGAUGGGGAUAACUCCCAAGCCUUUCUGCAUCUGACACUCUCACUGUAUGGAUGGAGCAUCUUCUUUAGAAACGUUAAACCCUUGGAGCUACUCUCUCUCCAGCCCAAUCCUGGGCCCCAUGCCCCUUCUCCUGAUACCCACCAGGCCCACCCAGCCCUUGCGUCAGGACUCAGAAUAUCGCAGCACUCUUGGUCCUGCCAUGCCUAAGUUGGUUCCUUGGCCCUGGAUUCUCCGAUUCACUCCUAGAACCACACUCCCUUCUCCUGCACACCAAGCCCAGGUGACACCUUUCUAAGAAGACUGAGUCUGAAGACCGUUUUCUUUGUGUUCAUUAGUUAUUUCCAGGUUUUUAGUGCUAGAUACAGAUCCUGAGGCCUUGUGUGUGUUAAGCACUCAAAAUGCCACAGAGCCAAACGCACCUCCAGCCUGCUCACCUCCAGCCUGCUCACCUCCAGCCUGCUAUUGGUUUUUAUCAGAACCGAAACCUAAACCUGAGUGCUGGCUUUGGUCAUGUCCUUGGUGACACAUUCAGUCAGUCUGGCUCCUUUCGCUUCUACCAAAUUCCGUUCUUCUUCUAUGAGGAUAUCCAGCAAGAGCGGUGGUGACUUCAUCCUCUGUGUCUGUAGAUUCUGUUGCAUCACGCUAUUUGCUAUUUAUAGAAAUGGAGGGGGAUGUCCAAUAUUACCAUAAUUUGUUCUUCUUAGAACCAGCAUUCCCCCUUGUGGAUUUUCCAUUAGUCUGUCAAAUACUUACAAUCUUUCAAGUGCUUAUUUAUUUGCACAAUUUCAUUUGUAAUAAAAAUUCCACUUAAGUAUAUUUUCUUAUACAUUGUUAUAUAUGGCUAAAAUUUAAUAAACUUGUUCUAUAAAAGAUCCAAUCCAAAUUAACCCCAGUGGAGUUCUUGCUCCUUGUAGACUGUACCCACAGGGUUCCUUCCUUAGCGGCUUUUAUAGGGUCUGCGGCUCUUUGGAAGCCUUAGAGGCUAAAGACUUUUUAAGUACCCUCGGGAAGAACACCCUCAAUCUGUCCAUGUGUCGUGAAGUGGUCCCCAGGUCUGGGGUCACCCCAUAGCGUUGGCUGCCAUGAGUGUCAUUGUCCCACAUUAGCAAGGCCAUUGGCUGGUCCUUGCCACUGGCUCAGGUCACGAUGCCAAGACUCUGAUUCCAACCCCUCUGGGUAUCUCUUGAACAAUGGGUUCCUUUUCUCCUAUGAAGCAAGUGCCUUGGUAAGGAGGGUUUGGGAGGUGCAGUGUCGAGAAGGCCCAGGAGCUCAGCAGUAGGGUGGGUACUAACGAGCCACAUGGGGUUCACGAGUGGGUGAGUGGGUUCAGGGUGUGCCUUACUGAGGGCAUAUGUAACUUUCUGACUUUAUGCCUCCCUGAUGAUUACUGUGGUUGUGUACGUCCUGCAUGCCUGCGUCCUUGGGUGUGUGUGUGUGUAUGUGUGUGUGUGUGUGUGUGUGUGUGUGCGUGUUUGGUUAUAUGUUUGAUUCUAAAAGUGCGUUUCUGGGCUAGGAUAUGUCCCUAGGUAUGUCUGUGUAUAUGGUUACAUGUGUAUGAUCGUGUGUCUCUGUGUGUGCACAUCUGAGCACAGAUGUGUGAUUUUGGCUAUGGGCCUGUGAAGGUAAAAGGAUGAUUGCACUGCACAGCACAACUAUUCUGGAUUCGGGAUGGAACAAACUAGGCAAGUCAUCUUAAUAACCAGAACAAGUGACCCAGUGGAGACCCCCCUGGAAUCCAGCUGAUAGAGUGUGCCCUCCUGUUGUAGAUCCAGGAAUCACUCUGGGCCUGGAUCUAUGCUGGGAUGGGGCUGCCUCUAGGCUCUGGACUCCACACUCUGGUUUCCUGAGUGGGCCUACGUCUGUUUAAUAUGAAGCCUUCUCUGAUAUAUUCCAGACAUGUUUAUGAACUGGCAACAAGGCCAGGCUGAAGUCACACAUAGCCUCUUUGUCUAAGCAUGGCACCAGGAGCCUUUUUUGGGUGGUCAUAUGGUUAUGGUGGUCCAGAAAUUGGGGUACCAGCCAGUUGUCUCUGAGGAAGAGAAGGAUCCCCUGCCCCAGGUUCCAGAGACCUGUUUGGCUCAAGGGUGUCUGUCUUAGUUUCCAUUGCUAAGAACAGACACCAUGAUGAAGGUGACUCUUAUAAGGGACAACAUUCAAUUGGGGCUGGCUUACAGGUUCAGAAGUUCAGUCCAUUAUCAUCAUAGAGGGAAGCAUUGGCGGUAUGCAGGCACAUGGGCUGGAGGAGCUGAGAGUUCUGUCUUGUUCCAAAGGCAGCCAGAAGACUGUCUUCUGAGGAGGGCAGAGCUUGAGCACUAGGAGCUCUCAGAGCCCACCCCUAUGGUGAUGCACUGCCUCCAACAAGGCCACACCUACUCCAACAAGGCCACACCUACUCCAACAAGGCCACACCUCCCAACAGUGUUCUUUCCCAUGGGCCAAGCACCAUACACCACCUACAAACCACCAUAGGAAGGUACUUCAAGGACAGAUAUUGAGGCACAGAGUGAGUCACAUCUUGGCUUUUAGGGUCACCUGGGGAUGAGGAGACCAAGAAAAGAGACAAAAGAGAGUUUUUUUCCUAUUUUCUUUGUCCUGAAGGUGAAGCGACUAGGAUCAGACCCUCAAUGCAUAUGGGUAGACUCAUUGUGAACUGGGGGCUUCCUAAAGCUUCCAUGACCUUAGCAGGCUACACAGAAGCUGCCUGCUGUAUGUUCUGCCCUGUGUCCAGCAGACUUUUGACUCCUACAGCUUCCAGAGCCCCAAACGCUCACUGUCAUGGGUCCCUAGGCCUGUUGGCAGGAAAUCCUAGGGAGGAAGUAGGAGGAGGCAAGUGGUCGGGAAAAAGUACAAUAGCCUAGUUCAGGGGACAAGAGGCCAGAGAAGGGCCAGGGAGGGCCACCCAGAGGUGGGCAGCCAAAGAAAAGUAUAUAGAGUAGAGAGGAAGCAGGAAGGCAGGCAUUGAAGAGCCUAUGGGCUCCAACAAGGGAGAGGGCUGGCUGGUGGGAGUUAGGAACCUAGCUGGAUGAGGUAGGCAGUCAAGAAGAGGGGGCGCAUAAGCAGUGAUGGGGUGAUCAGAGUGCAGGUGGGUGGAGACCUGAGGCUCUGGAAUCUGAAUCUGCUCUAGACUCAGUUCUUUUAGCAUUUCAUAAGGAUGUAGUGGACGGGAACAGAGAGACAGAGAAUUGCCUGUAGUCUAUAGCUGUGCCCACUGCACAAGUGUGGAAACUGAGACCCUAGUGCUUGAGGGUGGGAUUGUUUCAGGAGGCCAGGCAAGGAUGGGCUCAGGGAUGGGGAGAGGCAGGGCUAGUGCAGAGGGAGUGGGCAGCUGGCUGAGCACAAGACAUUCAACCCCACCCCCAACUCAGCAUGAAGGACUGUCCUCAUACUUCACCCCUUCUCCAGUUCAGUGCUCUGGGGGCGUUCAGUCAAGAGGCUUCUGAGAAUCCAUCUUAUAAAUAUUCAUGCCCUGGCUCUUUUCAUUUAGAAGUGUAGAUUCAAUUAUUUUAAUGAACACUGGAAAGUUUCUCUUCCACAAUAGCUUGCUCUUCAAAUAAUGGUGUGUGCCUUAUGUAACAAAAUUGGGUGUUCCUUUGUAGAUGUCUCUGAAAUGUAAGAAUUGCAUAACCCAGAGGCCCAAGACUUCCGGUCGCCCUAAGUCCUAGAGCACUGAGGACAUACUUCCCAGGAAGCCCUUUGUACUCUGGUGACAUCCCUCACAGUUCCUCUGCUCUCUGGCUCAUGCUGAAAAUAACAACUGCUUACUGAUGGUGCAGGUGCCCCAGGAAGUUGGGUGGAAGGGUUUCCUUAAGCAGCAGGUGCCCUGGCCAGGAACUAGCUUGAUGCACACACUGGCUAGGCUGUAGGACGAAGGGUCAGAGCCUCUCUCUCACCCGGGAAACCAGGUUUGUCUGGUGAGGCUAGAGGAUGAAAGUGUCUAUGGCUGGUCUGUUAGAUGAGGGGAUGCCUAGGCUGGGAUGGGGCUCAACUUAUCCCAGGAAAGGGUACUGGAACCAUGACUCUCAUGUUGAUAAGCUGCAGUCGUCCUGGAGUGUGCUGAUGUUGGCUGGAGUGUUGACCCAGACUGGGGAUGACCUGAGCAGUGGAAGAUUGGGACCUCACUUACAGUCCUGGAGGCCCUCUGAGGCAGAGAGGGACUCCACUGUGCUGUGACUAGGGUGAGGAACUAAACUGCAAAGGUGACAGUAGAUCUCAUGAAGUCAGUGUGAGGAGGACAGGGAUUUCAUGGACCUAGAAAAGUGGGAUAGAGGCAGGCAACAAGCAGACCAGGUUUGGGCUGUGGCUUAUCUUCCUCAAUAGUUUGCAGUUGGCAGCCUUUCUUGUGCAGAUUUGUGGGGUGAUAUGUCAACCUUUAGUAUAGGUUCAUAAUGAUCAAGGCUCACCCAUGACCCCAAACACUGAUUCUUUGUGAUAAAGCAUUGAAAGAUCUCUUUUCUCUUGUCUAGAAAUGCACAGUAGUGUUGAGAAUGUAGCUUGGUGAAGGGAAUGGACUUUAUAUGGAAGAUACCAAGGCUUCCAUGCCCAGUGCCAGGGGUGGGGAAGGGAGGACCAAACACAAACACAAAACGGUGAUGGCUGGGGCAAAGUAGCACACACCUUUAAUCACAGCACUUGGGGACAGAGUGGGUAGCAAUAGAAUCCCUAAGAUUCAAGGCCAGCCUGUUCUAUAGAGUGAGUUCCAGGACAGCCAAGGUUGCAUAGUGAGACUCUGUCCUAGUCACUGUUCUGUUGCCAAGAAGAGACCUUGACCAUGGCAACUCUUAUACAGGAAAGCAUUUAAUUCAGGCUGGCUUAAAGUUCAGAGGCUUAGCACAUUAUGUGUCAGAAAUCAUGGCUGCAUACAGGCAGACAUGGCACUGGAAACAUUGCUGAGAGUUCUACAUCUGGACCAGAAGGAAGUAGGAAGGGAGAGUGACUCUGGGCCUGGCUUGAGCAUUUGGAACCCCCAAACCCACCCCCAGUGACACACUCCCUCCAACAAGACCACACCUCCUAAUAGUGCCACUCUCUGGUGACCAAACAUUCAAAACUGUGAGUCUAUGGGGCCAUUUCUAUUUAAACCACCACAGACCCUUUCUCAAAAAACAAAACAAAACAAACCAAGCAAGCAAACAAUACAUGUAGUCUUUACUCUCAGACCAGCCUCUCCCCUAGCCUCUGGGAAUGCCCUUCUCGCCACUCCUAGGAAAUGACCUGUGAGUCGGAUCAUGUGACAAUUGUCUUUCCACGCCAUUUGCCGUUGUUUUUCAACAACCACGAUGAUCUCCCGUUUGACUCAUGGUGAUGUAAAUCACAAGGUUCUCCCUCCUUCCUUUCUUCUCCCGUUCCGUGUCAGCAUAUUUCUGUGUGUACAUCCGUAUACAGGUCAUACGUCAAUCUCCAGUGCCUUCUUCAGUCACUCUGCAUUCUCUUCUUAGUUUUGGAGACAGAAUUGCUCACUAAACCUAGAGCUCACUGACUGGGGACUAGGCUGGCCCACCAGCAAUCUCCAGGGUCUUUCUCUCUUGUCCCCAGGGCUCCGAUUGCAGGUGCGCAGGGCAUGACUACUCUUUUAAUGUGGCUUUGAGGGCAUUUAAAGCAUGUCCUCUGGCUUAUAUGAUAAGCGCUUUAUUGAAUAAGCCAUCUUUCUAGUCUCCUCUCCUCCCCUUCCCUCCUCUCCCCUCUCCUCUUCUCUCUUCUCCUCUCUCUUUUCUCUCCCCUCACCUGCUCCCCCUUCUCUCUAGCAGGGUCUCAUGUAGGCCAGGCUGGUCUCAAAUCUGUUAGUAGCCAAGGGUGAUUUUGACGUCUUAAUCUUUUCCCCUCUGCCUCCCGUGUGCUAGGAUUACAGGCUUUAUCACCACAUCUGGCAGGAUUCUGUCCUUUGUUAGGGUCAAUAGUUUUCCAUUUCAUGUGUGUGCCACAUCUUCUCAUCUACUCAUCUGUUGAUGGACACUUAGGUAGAUUCCACUGUGACUAAUGCUGCAUUGAGCACAUGUGCGCUCUCUCUCUCUCUCUCUCUCUCUCUCUCUCUCUCUCUCUCACACACACACACACACACACACACACACACACACACACCUCUUUAUUGCAGUAACCUCAUUUCCUUCGGCUUCCAACCUAGCAGAGUACUUGGUUUCUUAAGGGGCUGCUGUAGACAACUGAACCUCAGGGUGUGAAUUGCCACACGUACAGAGUGGGGCCACUCAUCAGCCCUGCCUCAUGGGGCGUGGGGAGGACUCAGUACAGGGUUUUGCUGACAGAUACAGUUCUAGACUCUCAGGCACCAUUACCUGAGAAGGUCCAAACCACAGCUCUGCAUCAAGGGUGUGCGCCACCAUGCCUAGCUAGUGUAGUCAUUGUUUAUUCUUUAUGGAGAUGGAGACUAGAGCAGGUCGUGACCCCCUUCUCGGGGAUGAUGCCCAUCUAAGGCAUGUUACUUGAGCCCCCUGCCUCAGUUUCCUGCUCUAUAAAUGAAGCCACUUGUAGUGUUCCUGUCCUAGAUAGUGUGGAGAAUUAACUGACUUCCCUCCCCCGCUCCCAAGGUCAUAGCCUAUUGGCUAAUCCCUAGGACAUAUAAAGUGGUGGGGCAGCUGUCACCCUCAAUGACAACUCCUUCCUUAAGCAGUCAAGGUGGCUUAGUAGAGCCAACUGGAACUGAAGAUGAAGACUGAAUAGUGCGUUAGAGUAAGGUGUGAUUGGGAAGAUACUUGGUGACAUCAGAGAGAGAGAGGAAGUGGGUACAUGGGGGACAGGGAGCAGGUAGUGGCACACCGCACCCACAUUAGUAGCAGAGACUCUUCGCCCUAGCCCUGACUCUCCAGUUCUUGGUAUUGGAAAAGGAUUCCUACCCUUCACCCCAAGAUUAAAAAGAGUCAAGAUUGGGGCUGGGGAUUUAGCUCAGUGGUAGAGCGCUUACCUAGGAAGCGCAAGGCCCUGGGUUUGGUCCCCAGCUCCGAAAAAAAGAACCAAAAAAAAAAAAAGAGUCAAGAUUAUGUCAAAGAUACCCAAGAAGGAAGUGAAUGCACUGAGUUCCUAUAUCUGUGGAGGGUUUGCUAGUGUUGUUGGGGGGUAGCAUUUGGUCCCCAGAUGGUGGCACUAUUUUGGGAUGUGGAGCUUAGGUAGAGGAAGUGGUGCCCCCUGACGUGCCUUUGAAGGUUGUACGGUAGCCGGGGUCCCUUCCUUUCUCUGCUUUCUGUCCACUUUGAGGUGAAGAGCUCAUGCCAGACAGUCCCACUGUCAUGAUAUUUAUCCUGCGUCAUGGUCCAGAAACACAGAGGCAAGUGCGUAUGGACUGGGCCAUCUGUGAGUGAGCGAGCCCAAGUCAAUCUUCUUUUCACCACAGAUGUCUUUCUUGGUGUUUACCUCCAGUAAAGAUUGCAGAUGUUCUCCCUGCUAAAGAGCCCAAAGGAAUAAAACCUUUGUGAGAACAAAAGCACAAGGUAUUGUAACAGAAUUAGUGAUUUCCAAUGGCUAGGCAGGCUGGACAUGGUGGCACACAUCCUUAAUCCCAGCACUUGGGAAGCAGAGGCAGAUAGAUCUCUGUGAGUUCGAAGUCAGCCUGGUCUAAAGAGCCAGUUCCAGGACAGCAGGACUACACAGACACUCUGUCUUAAAACUAGAUAGGAAGGUAGGUAGGUAGGUAGACAGACAGACAGACAGACAGACGAAAGAAAAACUACAAUUAAUUUUCCUUUAAAAAAUGAGUUGGUGGCAGUGACUUUGGCAAUGUUAAGCAGAUCAGCGGUGGCAUCAGAGAUGAGAAAAUGUGCUAGAUUUAGAUAGAGGCAGAAUCACUGUUUCAGCCCAGAAUUCUUUCCACCUCAUGUCAGACCUCCCUCAGCUCCAGUAGAAGCCAAAGAUGAAGCCAGUGGUGUGAAUGCAGGAACAUUGACAUACAUAUGUAUGCAAGAUAUUGGAGGCUUCAUGCAGUGGGUGGCAUGAAGGUGCCAAAGGGUCUGGUGGGCUUCUCUCCCACCAUGAGGACCUUGUUAACAUAAAACACAGUAUUUCCUCGUACCCUGAAUUCAGCAGCAGGAGAAACCUUGGUUGAAGUCUAUGUUUUCUAGAACCUUCGUUGUGAAGUGUCCCCUCUGGAUACUGUGGUCUUUCUGCACCAGUGCAAACAUCAGCUUUGAAGAGUUACCUAUGUCUGCAUCUGCAUAUUCAGGGGAAUCCACACAGGACCAUAGCUAGGAGCAGUAAUAGGCAGUACAUCAGCCAGGCCCCUGAGAGAAUUGGCUAUCAUCAUGACACAAGAGCAGGCAGGUGUCACACAGACGUCUGAGUACCUAGAACUUCCUCCUUCGAGCUCUCAGUCAACUUUCCAGGAAGGAAGAGGAGGGGAGGGGCAUUCUAAGCCACUGUUGUUCCUGUCUUGACCUGAACUAUCCAACACCUUGCUCUCUGUAAGCGGCCCAUGUGACCGCUCUCAAGGAGGCUGGACAUCUUCAGCCUUCGUUGGUGGCUAAUGUUGUCCACCUAGAGGGCAGGGAAGGGGACUUCCCUUGGAGACUUGGCCAAGACUCCAAGGCUGGGACUCCUUGGUGCUCCUAAGCUGUCUGACCACUCAUGGGGAUCAUCUGGGCUUGGGAACAGAAGUGCCACCAAACCUAGGAUUUGGAGUAGAGGUGAGGCAAGCAGCUACUGUGUGGGUGUAAAGGGUCCUGAACCCAUCUUCCUCCCCUUGCUUCUCCUUCUUCAGUUUAUCCUGCCUUCCCUUUGUUGUUGAGCUCCCUCUUAGGGCUGGUACCCUGCUGCUUGUGUUUUGUCUUCCUCAGACACACUCUUUAAAGGAGGCAAUGGCAGACUUGCAUAUAUCCAUGGGGAUGAAGUGUCUGAAUCUUCAUCUGGGUUGCUGGGUGUUCUUUGUUUGCCCUCUUACUUCAUCUGUUUUUCACUGACUUUGAGGAAGCUGCUCCUGCCUGUCUUGGACAGACUGCAGACAAGCUGCCAAAGAGGGAAUGGCAAGGGCUUAUUGAUCGAAUGAACUUGUGACCCCAGGUUGAAGAUGAGGAAGUUGUCGAGGAGAAAUUACAGAGACUUCAAAGGGGGUGGGGCCACCCUCUUGGCUUGCUGGGCUUUCUUAGGAAUCAGGGUGUUACUGGUGACUCUGCGACCUUGUCUCAGACACCCCAUUCCCACUUCCUGUCCCAAUUCCUUCUCAGCAUGGCCACUUCUUACUCUGACCUUCCUUCUGCCCCUGAAGGGCAGUACGUGGAUCGAGCUCCUGAGCUGCCCCAUCCACUGACAUGAUCCAGAUUUAAAGAAGAGCUGGGGGAACACAUAUGGUUUCCUUUUUAUUGGUCAACUUCCAAUAUGAGGUUCCCGUUCGGUGUGUUUGUUCAAGGUGAACUUUGAGCAGCUCCUACCCCUGGCUGACUGGCUUCAAGCCUCUGCUCUUAUUCCCUGCAAUCCUUAGACCUCAGCUCCACAGAGACAACCUACCCCAAUCCUCAGAGACACCCCCACACCUUGUCUUUCUGACUGCCAAGCCACUGUUCUGUGUGAGAAGGCCACUCGACCUGUUCUUUGUACCUCUGGCCUCUCUCAGCUCCCUGUCUCCCUGCCUGACCACGCUUAAGGUUGGCCCCUAACCCUCUACCCCUUAGGUUAACCCUUCAUCUUGAGGUUAAACCCCUGCCAGGGCAAGUCUGUCCCUCAGAGCAGGUGCCGGGCCUCGAUGGGUGAAUGGAGCAGUGUCAGGAGAGGAUGUGGUAGUAAAGCUGCUCUUAAGCAAGCAGUCAGAAGGGCUUGCUUUUCAGCCCGAGAAGGAACUGCUUCCUGGAGAGCUCUAGAUGCCUGAUGCACCUGAGGAAGUUGGAGGUAUGUGCUUGAGAAUCGUCUCCCCAGAGCCCCACUCCCAAAGCUCGCUCUUCAGGAAGAGAGGGUAGGAUGGAUCAAGGCAGUGAUCCCAGGCUUAGGGAACCCCCAGGAAAGUUUUUAAUUCGUGCCUUUUCAUGUUCCAAAGGGAUGUGGGGAGCUGGAGAGGGGGCUCUGAGCCAUGGGCAGGUCUCUGCCUGACUGCUACAGAGAUAUUCCAUCUCUCCAGGUUUUAUAGAGCACUUGGGGGAGGUGGGACAGUGACAGUUUACAUAGCCUUAUUAAAUGUCUUCCUGCUCGUAUUUGCCUCAUGACCAAGCAUUUAAGGAUUUAAAGAGCAAGCAACAGAAAGGCUUAUUCUUCUUGAAAAGGAAUAUAGGAAACAGGAUGGUAACCGCCCAUAAUUCCAUCUGUAUGGUGGACUCGAGGGUAACCUGGGGUACAUGAGAGCUCGCUCCCCAACCCAUUCCCCACACAGAAAGAAAAAGAAAGGAGCAAAAGCCAAAGGUGUUCGAGCCCUCCUUGAGUAGCAGCAGGACUGUGUGAACUCCUUGCUGGGUUUCCAGACCCAUGCUCUGGGUAACAUGGUGGGUAUGGGACACCUGUGUGUCUGACUCCUGCCUGUCAAGCCUCCAUCAGCCCUGAUCUUAUGCCCUGGUCUAGGCGUUCUGCCUUGUCCUGUAGUCAGGCUAUGGCUAGGGUGUGGCUGAGAACACCAAAGGUUCCGCACUUAAGGAAGGUCUGACUCCUAGGGCAGCUUAAUCUCUGUGUCCCAGUACAGAGAACGUGCUUGGUGUUACCCAUCACAUAGCCUGGGGGUGAUCGGAAUGAAAGACAGUGGGGGCUGGAAUGGCUGUCACAGAUCUGCCAUCGUUGUCACUGAACACUGGGUGCUUGAGCUCCAGAGGACCCCUGCUUCCCACAGAAGGUGCUAUUUAUGCAGGGAGCACCCGAGUACCAGUAUGAAUCACUCAGGCCCACCUUAGGGAGUUUCUAUUCCUGUAGACACAUGAAAGUCACAGCAUGCAUGGUCUAUAAAAAUAGACUUACCUUGAUACUCAGAGGACCUCGCCUGGCUCCUCCUGGCACAAGAACUGCAGUCAGCUUGGCUUUCCUAAUUGCCUGGAUCUUAUGAGGGCUCCCUGCAGAGCCUCCUGCAGGGUCUGGCUCAGCUUUCCUUUGAAGAAGGGCCCCAGGGAAAUGUCUGCUCACCAUCAUUGCAGACACCUGUGUGGAUCUGACAUAAGCCCAGACUGGAUCACGAGGGCUGGCUCAUAUUCAUGCUCUAAAUAUGAAGUUUUCCAUUAAUCACUGUCCUCUCUGACUGGUGGUUCCCUGUCCUGAACCAAAUGGGCUAAAUGUCCUGGCGACCCUCCUCAACACCUCUCUAUUCUUGAGUGGUGCUCUUGUGAGAGAAGAAAUCUUCUCACACCUGACAGCCUACACUCCUGAUCCUCAUCCUUCACAUUCAUGCCCUCCCUCCGUUCUUGACUCUUAUUUUUUUGGGUGCUGAGUGAGUGUACAUCUAAGCGGACAGAAGAGAGUGGACCCCCUUUUCAGAAAUUCACUGUCCUUGCCUAACAUUUUAGUUCUGCUCAGAGGGGUGUGGACUGUGCCCACCCCCUUUCUGGGCCCCUGAGGAACAGCCCCUAAGUCAAACAGGUUCACUCGGGAGCUGCCUAGGAGUCUCUGACCCCACCCCUGCACCCACCCCCAACCACCAAGGAAGUUCAGGCUCAGAGAGGGGAAGUGGCUCUGCCCAGAGCUUGCAGGUGGCUGAGUCCUGAAGGAGAAAUGACACCUCAAAGCUUAAUCAGCUGCAUUGGACUACCUACAGGCCAGAACAUGAGUCAGCUAGACAGUAACAACUGCUCGUUCGUUUUCGUGGACAACCUGACCAAAACCUUGCAGCUGGCAGUCCACAUUCCCACCUUCCUCCUCGGCCUGGUCCUCAACCUCCUGGCCAUCCGGGGCUUCGGUGCCUUCCUGAAGAGGAGACAGCUGGAAUACAUGGCCACUUCUAUCUACAUGAUCAACCUGGCUGUCUUCGACUUACUGCUUGUGCUCUCCCUCCCAUUCAAGAUGAUCCUGCCACAAGUGAAGUCCUCCCCCUCACUGGUCUUCUGCACAUUUGUGGAGUGCCUCUACUUCAUCAGCAUGUACGGGAGUGUCUUCACCAUCUGCUUCAUCAGCCUGGACAGGCUCCUCGCCAUCCAGUACCCUCUUCUGGUCAAUCACUUCCGGUCCCCCAGGAAAACCUUUGGGAUCUGCUGCAUCAUCUGGAUGCUGGUAUGGGUUGGAAGCAUCCCCAUCUACACUUUCCACAGGGGAGUGGAGGGAUACAAGUGCUUCCACAACAUGUCUGACAGCACGUGGAGUGCGAGAGUCUUCUUCCCCCUGGAGAUCUUUGGCUUCCUCCUUCCUAUGGGCAUCAUGGGCUUUUGUUCCUAUAGGAGCAUUCACAUUCUACUGAGCAUUCAGGGGGACGACCAGUGGGUCCGAAAGAGAGCCUGCAUCAUCUGGACCAUUGCUACCAAUCUUGUCGUCUUCGUGGUCUCCUUUCUCCCAGUGCACCUGGGUUUGUUCCUGCAGUUCCUGGUAAGGAACGGCUUUAUCUUGAAUUGCAGAGUGAAGCAGGGCAUCAGCUUGUUCCUGCAGUUGUCUCUGUGUUUCUCUAACAUCAACUGCUGCCUCGAUGUUUUCUGCUAUUACUUUGCCAUCAAAGAAUUCCGCAUGGGCAUCAAGGUCCACCGGCCUUCCCAAGUCCAGCUGGUCCAUCAGGAUUCCAUGGUCUCCAGGGCUUAAAGGAAGGUACCCCUCUCAAGGGAAGGAAACUGCAGUCCCAAAUUCUCAUAAGGACCAUCCUAGGCUUGCCUUUGGACACUCGCUGGGUGCCAUCUUUGUUCUUUUUACUCCCAUGACCUUUUCACAUCACCUGGAUGGGUGACCUAUGUCACACUUGUUUUGGGUUUCCUAAAGAACCAGGUGAAGUCUUCAUUUCUAAGUCUAAAAUGUAUGAAGCAAAAGAACCAAAAAAACAAAAUGUAGCUCGAAAAGUCUGUUUCUCAGCCUCCCUGUCUUUCCAUUCUGUUGGAGAGCCUAGAAAGGAAGAGAAAGGGCAGGGUGAUUCAGGGGUAGGGAAGAAAUAUGCCUUCAAGAUGGAGCAAGCUUGUACAUUUUUCCAGUCUCUUCUGAAGCUCUCUUGGCAAGGACCUCACAGAAAUGAGGACAAAAAGGGCUUUUUUAAGGGCUGAGAAGGAUUAAGUGGAGGGAGGGGGCUGUGUGAAGCAGGUCAUGGGGAAACAGGAGACACCACAAUGGAGCCAAUGGGGACAGAGUAGAAAGGGACAGAGUGGCAAGGGACUAGAGAAUACCCCAGGAAGGAAAGCGACUCGCUAGAAUUGGAACUGGAUGCCCCUCUCCUAUUGCUGUCUGCUAGCAAUGCUGUCCCAAGACUAAGACUCGGCCUAAGAAGAGAGCUCUUUUGAAGGGGACCAGCCUUCUAACUUAGAAGUUCAUUAGACCUAUAUGAAGAGGAUGGAAAGAGUUAGUCUCAAUGUAGUUCAGCCAUAGCAGAAUGAGGAAGUGGUUCUUAUUGGGCCUAGAUAGGCAGUUGGCACUGGUGACACUAUCUAGGAAGCUAGCCAGGGAUUGGGGUUAGGAGGAGGAUUAUCUUUACCAAGCAGCACGAAGGCCUAGAUUUGAGGAAGGUGGUGAGGGGCUCAUCAGUUCCUGGAGGGAAAUGAUAGACAGCUGAAUCCACCCUGGAACCUUCAUUGGCUCCUCUCGCUCUGGAGAAGGAGCUCCCCGUGACAGCUGAAAGCCUCGCUUGUGAUGACUCAGCCAUUGCUGAGGGUGAAAUGAUUAGAAGGAUAAAUUGUGGGGUGUUUUUGCAAGACGGAAGGAGUGGGACGAGAAGAAACCCACGAGGCUUCUUCACACGCUUUGGGAAGGAGAGCUAAGUAGGUAGAUCCUCCAGGGUAAGAGGCUAGGGAUGGGGUGAUCACGUGGGCAGGGGAAUGAGAAGACGGAGCUGUAGCUAGAAUCUGGGAGCUGCCCACAGGGCAGAAGAUGGAGGUGAAGCAAGAUGUAAGGAAAAGGAGGAGUGGGAAGGGAAGGAAGAGGAGGGAGGGAGGGAAAGACAGGGAGAAAAAGAGGAGGGGAUAAAGGAGGAGGAGCAGGAGGAAGGUAGAUGGGCAGGAAGGGUUGAGGAAUGGAGGAGAUAGGAAAAGUGAGGAGGGAGGGCAGAGGGAGGGCAGCUUCCUCCCGAGAGUCUACUGCUUCCACUCCACUGGAAGCCAUCGAAGGGUAGGUACUUACAGGCCAUGGAGGUGGCAGUGUUCACUGUGGAUCCACCUGUGGGCCACUGAAGGAGUAUUUAAGGAAGAGAGAGUUAAGCACCUUGGUAGCGGCUAUAGGGAAGUGAGGGUCUGAAGAUCAGAACCCCACUUCAGGACUGGGCCUUCAGGAACCCAUUGGUGGUGACUCAGGGCUAUGCACACCCCGAAAUGAGGCCCCCAGCCUUGAAUGCUGUUUUGUCCCAUAGCUGACUGGGACAGAGAUAACAUCCGUGACACCAGGACAUACAGGAGAACAUUUGGGUCUGAUCUAGGUUCAUUCGUGAGUGGGUAGGUCUCAGGACCACCUCCUCUGUGUUCUCUCCCUGUAAGGAGCUGUUCGCCCAUCCAACAUUGUCGAGAAGUCCCCUCCAUGUGCAAGUGUUUCUGCCUAGCAAGAUUCCCCAGAGCAAAGGCUGUAGUCGUAGGCUGAGUACUCAGAACCCCAUUCAUUGAUGACCAGAGCUAAAAUCUGGCAUGUGUAUAGCAAAACUCUAUGGUGGAAAUGUAUCUAGGUCCCAAGAGUAUCAUUACCAAAGAGGGUGGGGAAAUCUAGAGCCAUAAACUGGGGAAAGGUAAGGACAGGGUUCCUGGAGGGAUACAGCUGUGUCAGAUUGAUGACCCUGGACCAGGAGAUGUGGGUGGGAGUAGGGUUUAAGAACCCACCCACCAAUUCAUUCUAAAAUAGUAAGUGAAGGAGACAUGCUUGGUGUAUGUCACCAAUCCAAUGGGUCCUCAAGUGGCACUUGGCUCAGCAGUACCAGAAAUUAGGUGGGUCAGCAUUAAGAGUCGAAGUGUAGUAGAAUGCAGCCAGUGAGAGUGGGAAACCCAGGACUUAGUUGUGGAAAAGGCCCAGAUUCCUGUUACUAAAGCCAGUGGGGCUAGGAGCUAUUGUUUAGCCAUAAAUGUGACCUUAUUCGUACUCAGCCUAGGAAAACCUGACACGUUGGCUACAUGUACAACUGCAAGAUCUAGCAAAAUUAAUUGGAAAACCAAUUCGAUUAACAUGAUUUACCAAAUAAAUUCAUUCAAUGUA